AUGGCUUCUCUAGGGACUACCUUGCCGUUAUGGCGGAGUCUCGCGCCCCGUUUGACAAAGGAUCUGUUAAGUUGUCGGCAAUGUCUUCACAACCAGGGUGUUGCAGCCAAAUCCAUCCGCCAUUUCAGUGCCAUGCCCUCCCGCCAGCCUACCAAGACCCAAUCGACCCUUUUCAACAACAAGAACCGCCAGUUCUUUUCCUCAACUAUUCAGAGAUCCACAGCGGCGCAGGCUGCUGAAAAUGUGAUCGAAGGGGGAGCCAAAAGCGCCAAACGCAGCUUCCCCAAGAUCAGCGAUAAGACCGUCGCCUACUGGCUUCUCGGUAGCGCGGCCAGCGUUUUUGGAAUUGUGGUCUUCGGUGGUCUGACACGUUUGACUGAAUCAGGAUUGAGUAUUACCGAAUGGCGACCUGUUACCGGCUCCCUCCCUCCCAUGAACGCGGAACAUUGGGAGUCUGAGUUCUCAAAAUACCGCGCUUCCCCCGAAUUUCAAUUGUUGAACCCGAAUAUGACACUCUCCGAAUUCAAAUCGAUCUACUACAUGGAAUGGAUCCACCGACUCUGGGGUCGGUUCGUUGGAAUGUCCUUCGUCCUGCCCGCUGUAUACUUCGUCGCACGCAAAAAGGUCUCCACGCCCAUGGCGUGGCGUCUGUUCGGUAUUGCUGGUCUCAUUGGCUUCCAGGGAUUCUUGGGCUGGUGGAUGGUCAAGUCUGGCUUGAAGGAUGAUCUGUUUGCUCCGGGCAGCCAUCCUCGAGUGAGUCAGUAUCGUCUCACUGCUCAUCUCGGUGCUGCUUUCACCUGCUAUGUCGCUAUGCUAUGGAACGGUCUUGCUAUCUUGCGCUCUCACCGGUUGAUGAACAACCCUACUGCAGGUCUUGGCGAGCUGGAUGCUCUGCGUUCCGCGAAGCUGGCUUUCUUCCGCCGCUCAGUUGCCGGCAUUGCGCUUUUGGUCUUCACUACGGUUAUCUCUGGUGGUCUCGUUGCUGGUCUGGAUGCUGGACUUAUUUACAACGAGUUCCCAUAUAUGGGCAAUGGACUUGCUCCACCAAAAGAGGAGCUGUUUGACGCUCGCUAUUCCAGACAUGAAGAUCGGUCUGAUCUAUGGUGGCGCAACAUGCUCGAGAAUCCCUCUCUCGUUCAGCUUGACCACCGCAUGCUCGCUAUGACCACCUUUACCUCCAUCGUGGCCUUGUUGGCUUACACCCGCCUCGCCCCCUCCAUGAAACGUCACUUGCCGCCUGCCGCUAGAAAGGGUGUCCACGGCGUGUUUGCCUUUGCCUGUUGCCAGGUCGGUCUUGGUAUCUCCACUCUCCUCUACCUCGUUCCUACUCCUCUUGCCUCCGCCCACCAGGCAGGCAGUCUUUUCCUCCUUACCUGGGUUAUCGUUUUGGGUAGCCGUGUCUGGCAUCCUUCUCGCACCGCCAGGUUAGUGAAGAUGGCAGCCAAGAAUGCCAAGAAGCAGACACCUGCUCCUUCAUUCACCGCACACAAGGUCUAA